AUGUCAGCCUGGACCCUGACGCUCCGGACGAGGCUGCUGCUAUUCAGGCGCUGGAGGAGGCGGACGAGGGCUUUGUGGACGACGGCGAGGACCCCACAGUCUUCCAGCUGGAGCCCCCGUCCACCAGCACAGCGGCAGCAGCCCGGUCAGGAGGACAUCCAGGGUCCUGAUGGCCAGCCAGGAUACCAGCAUGUCCUGAAACUGGCCAAGGCCCUGGUGGAGAUCUGGAACCUUCAGGGGCUCUCUGAUCGCAGGGUAGACAGGCUGAUUGCACUCUGGCAGCGCCUGCCAGAGGCUGACAAGAGGCAAGUCGUCUACCCUGCCAGACACUGGGAGAGGCAGCCCACGGGGCGGUUCAAGGCAGUGAAGGGGAAGAACACCUCCUGUCCUGGAAAGGAGAAAAUGGAAUACAAACCCAACUUUGUAUUCUUGUGUGGGUCCACCACCCAGCUGCAGCUGCAGGCCAGCUGUGAAGCUGUCAGGGUGGCCCAGGAGACCAGGCAGCAGCAGGCCGGCAAGACCUUCACCCUCAAGCCAGCAAAGAAGGCAGAAGCCGAUGCUCGGGCGCAGCUCUACAGUUUGUCCUCUUCAUCAUGUGAUCUGAUUGUUGACGCUGCGUUCUCUGAUCAGCUGUUUGAUCCUGAACUAAGGAGCUCUUCUCUCCAUGUGUUUCAGGUCAGUGUUGGAGCUGACGGAGCUACUGGUUACCAGCAGGUGGUGUUGCUGGCUCGGUGUCUGGUGGAGCGCUGCAGGAAGGGCUACAUCACCCAGGCUGAGGUGGAGGAGAUUGUCGCUCUGUGGCAGAACCUCCCUGAUGGGGACAAGGGUCCUGUAGUUUAUCCACCUCGCUACAGGAGCCACUUGACAAAAGGGAGGUUCAAGAAGGCCAAGAGCUACGCUCCCAGUGCUGCACCCGUGUUGGGGGUGGAGAGUAUGAAACGCUGCAUGGUGGGAACCGGCAGCGGGCCCGCCAUAUGGCCCGACACCAGCCGGUUGGUGGAGGCCAUCUUCAUCCAGCUGUGCGUCCUCCACCCCAGUAGCAGGAGGACGAUGGGGUGCCUACAGAGCCGCUGGACCCUGGUUUUGAGGGACUACAACACCAUCAGGAUUGUGGUCUGCACCCACCCAGCCCUCAAAACCAGGACCACCCUCCAGCUGUUUGAGGUCAAUCAGCGGACCCUCUCUCAGUGGCACAAAAGGUGGACGGCCACACAGGAGAGAACCGUCCUCACCACCGCCAUCCCCCUGAUGGUGGCCCCUGCACAGGCGGAGGAGACUCUCCUGCCAGAGAGGACGGAGGAGGAGACCCCACCUGCUCCGGCUGCCCCCAUUUACACACUGCUGCCAUCUGUGACGGAAGAGGAGGAGCCCAUUGCUGGUCCGUCCUGGGCUUUUCCUGCCACCACCCCCACCCCACCUGCUCCUUCCACCUCUGCUCCUUCCACCUCUUUAGCCUCCUUCACCCCAAAGUCAACCGCCUGGCAUCGCCAGAGGCUGCAGGAGAUGCAGGCAGAAGCAGCUCAGAGGGGAGAGACUGUCAGAGUGAGGAGGCCCUCCAUCAUCAGCUGUGGUCACUGUGGGCAGAGGAAGAUAAAGGAGACUGGACACAGAGUGCUGAGGAAGGAGAGUGGGGAGAGGGUGACCUUCUGUCCUGUGGCAGCCAAAGGACAGAGUCCAGAGGAGUGGCUGUCCUGCCUCAAGUGACACUAAAGGCUGCCGGUCAGCCUCGUGUGCAGUGGACACAGUGUGUGUACAUAGUUGUUUUUGAAUGUAAAUACUGUAAAUAGUGUAAUAACAAUAACAAUAAUAACAACAACAAUAAUAAUAAUAAUAAUAAUAAUGUACCAUGGUUCAGGAAUUGUUUUCAUUUGUUAACAUUUUUAAGGACCAGUGAAGAGAAGAGGGAAGCUGAGAGGAGAGAGAAGAGGGAAACUAAUUAAUAACUUUGUGUGUUUGAGUUGUUCCAUUUCCUUGUGUAUGUUUUUGUUUGUUUGCUUCAGUUAAAUUGCUUCAAAUUGUUCAUACCUUUUAAAAAUCUGUGUGAAUAAAAGUGACUGUUUCAA